CCUUUGCGACCGCACGUAUGUUGCCCAUAUCUCCAUCAUGUUACAUCGAGCAUGCAUGACUAAUGUUAUGCUAUCUUCUUAUCAAUACAGCAGCUCCUACUUGCCGUUCCCGAUGCAGCUAUCAGGCCCACGAGGCUUAUAGCUGGCCAACACGGGCGUACAUGAGCUUGAGGAAGCUUACCAUGCGCUCAAGCUGAAUAUCUCCAUUUUCUAGGAAAUAUGACGACCUCAGAUCUACCGGUAGAGAAUGUAGAUGUGCUUGUGGUAGGUGGAGGACCAGUAGGCCUCGUAACCGCCUACCAACUCGCGCGCAACCUCCCUCGCUCUACGCAUCGCAUCAAGAUCAUAGAACAACAUCCCAAGUCCUCUCAAGACAACUAUGGACGCGCCAUCACCCUCUUCCCUCGCAGUACUGAGAUGUUAGACCAGCUUUCUCUAGCCGAUGCCCUUGCCCAACAAUGUUUCGCAUGUCGCGAGACUGUAAACUACGAUAAACAUGGCAAUGAGGCCGAAGGAAGAGGUUGGGCGUUCAUGGAGAAUAUGAAGGAUACCAAGUGGGAUUUCGCGUUGGUGCUACGUCAGAAGUACCAGGAAGAGGUGUUUAGGAAAGCGUUGGCUAAGGAGGGGGUACAACUUGAUGCGCCAUACACCCUGGUGGGUAUUGAGAUGAUAGAAGGAGCUGAGAUGGGUGAAUAUCGUGUACUGGCUACAAUCGAACAUGGCGAGACGAAGGUGAAGAGCGUAGUCAGAUGUCGAUAUCUCGUUGGCGCAGACGGUGGACGGUCCUUCGUACGACGAGCUAUGAACAUCCCCUUCGACGGCUCAUCCAGCGAAGACAAGUGGGUACGCGUCGACGGUGUCAUCGAAACCGACCUCCCCAAACCGCGAACGUAUUGCGCAAUCGAGUCACCUACACACGGAAACGUUCUAUGGGCCGCGCUAGACCGAGGCGCAACGCGUAUAGGCUUCGCAUUCACAGCCGAACGUCAGAAAGCAUACAAGGUGUUUGACGAAGAAGCCGCCGUCAAGGAAGCCAUCGCAUCCGUCAAGCCGUUCAGCCUCAAGUUCAAGCAAGUAGAUUGGUGGACCAUCUACGUCGUUGGGCAGCGGAUCGCACGCUCGUUCUUCGUUAACGACUGCAUAUUUCUCGCCGGCGACGCAUGCCACACACAUAGCUCGGGUGCAGCCCAAGGUAUGAAUACCGGCAUGCAUGAUGCCGUCAACCUCGGUUGGAAGCUCUCUCUCGUCCUCCUAGGUCUCGCCAAACCUGAUCUGUUACACUCGUACGAAGCAGAGCGUCUCCCCAAUGUACAGCGACUGAUCAACUACGACAAAGACAUCUCGCGCCUCAUGACCAUGCAGUUACCUGAAGGAUGGACGGGCGAUCCAAACGCAGAUCCGAAUGAGGUACUAGGAGUUGUCAUGGCCGAAGCAGCGACGUUCAGUAGCGGACUGGGUAUCUACUACGAGCCAGACUCCUACCUCAACCUCACCCAGAGCUCUGAUAUAUCGUCAGUACAGCCCGGUCAACGCGCACCUGAUGUCACGCUACAGAAACCCGCGACUUUCGAAGCUACGCGAUUACAGAGCGAGACGCCGAAUACUGCGAUGUUCUACAUUGUGCUGUUUGCUGGUGACGUACCGCGCACAAAGCUAUCAUUGUCGGCGUUCACCGCAGCCAUGUCAGCAGUGCCUUGGCUGAAUAAUGAGGAUACGCCGAUAUCAUGUCUUUCCGUCAUCGCAGGACUGGGUGGACCGUCAGCGUAUGAGACGUUGGGUGGUAUACCGUUUGGCCGUGUGUUUUAUGAUGGAGAUCAUAGUGCGCAUAUGCGCUAUGGUGUUGCGACUGAGAAAGGCGCUGUGGUGGUGUUGAGACCUGAUGGGUGGGUGGGCACAGUCGUUGAAUUGGACAGAGAUGCGGGGCAGAAGCUGGAGAGGUACUUUGCUCGGUUUCUGCUUGCUGCAGCAGGGGGUCACAAGGCUGAGGCGAAGUUGUAAAGGCGUGGGAAGAUCUUUCGAGCUCUACCAGUCAACUCACCCAUAUCGGGCGGCCUAUUUGACAAUCCCGUGGUUCGACUGUGUUUCUUCAAGGGCUGCCUUGUGGAGCGAUUGCCUUAUCUAUUUCUUGUUUCCGCAGAUCUUCAGUCGUGCGGUCGAGCGCACAAGGCUGAGGUUCUUAUCUGCCUUGAGAUAUAUGUGAUCACACCUAGGUACGAUGCGGAACCACGUAGUGGUCGCUCAAGCUGUUAGGCGACAAGGCUGGCCCCUAUCU